AUGUCGUCCCUCCCGUCCCCGGUGCUCAAGAAGCCCGUCAAGCUAGCCUGCAUCCAACUCGCCUCGGGCGUUCUCGAGGCCAGCGCCGCCGCGCAAAAUCGUCGUCCUGGUCCUGCCCGAGUGCUUCAACUCGCCCUACGGGUGCGACUAUUUCCCAAAGUACGCCGAGACGCUGCUCCCGUCCCCGCCCACCAGGAACAGAGCCCCAGCUUCCACGCGCUGGCGGCCAUGGCGAGCGAGAGCGGGAGCUACCUCGUCGGCGGCUCCGUCCCGGAGCUGGACGCCGAGACGGGGAAAUUCUACAACACGAGCUUGAUCUUUUCGCCCGAGGGGAAGCUGCUGGCGACGCAUCGCAAGGUGCACCUGUUCGAUAUCGAUAUCCCGGGCAAGAUCACCUUCAAGGAGAGCGAGGUGCUGAGCCCCGGCGACCAGGUCACCGUCGUGGACCUGCCCGAGUACGGACGGAUCUCCGUGGCCAUCUGCUACGACGUGCGGGGGUGCUUCGCUCUCGUGUACCCGGGGGCGUUCAACCUGACGACGGGGCCGAUGCACUGGCGGCUGCUGGGGCAGGGGAGGGCGGUGGAUAACCAGAUUUACGUGGCCAUGUGCAGUCCCGCGCGGGACAUGGGCGCGACGUACCACGCGUGGGGACACUCGUUGAUUAUCGACCCGAUGGCGAAUGUGCUUGUUGAGGCGGAGGAAGGGGAGGGGACUGUUGCGUGGGAGUUGGAGGGUGAGAAGAUUGAGGAGGCGAGGAGGAAUAUUCCUAUUAAUUCGCAGCGGAGGUUUGAUGUGUACCCUGAUGUUAGUCAGGGAAAGCAAUGA